AGGUCUUGAAAGCUCUUUCAUUCAGCCCACAGCCCACAGAACCAACCCGUCUUUACAAACAAUGAAGUUCGCUUCUCUCCUUGCUACCGCUUCUCUUGCUCUCGGAGCUUUGUGUAACUCACUCGAUGCCCCCACCUUCACCAAGGUUUUCAACGGAACUCUCGUCCUUGACGAGAGCCGUGGGCAGAUCGAUACACACUCUGGGAAACUCUUCCUCGUCGAGUUCACAGGAGGCAACCUCACGGAUCCACAUACCGGUAAACUCAUAGCGACCUUUGAGCACAUCGGUGGCCAGUUCGGACUCACAUUCAACAACCAAUUCGUCCACACCGACGUUCAUUUUGUUACCAAGUGGGCGGAUGAUGGAACUUAUGCUCAUUGGCAACUCUGGGGCUGUGGUACCAUUGCGGACGGUCUGCAUAGCUAUGCUCGUGUUGAUACGGGCUCCAAGUCGCGUCUGGACUGGCAGGAUAACUUCUUCAUGUUCCACAUCAACCCAUUCGGUGAUAACCCCGUCAAACAAGUGGGCUUUUACAAGAUGGACAUCAACUGGACCGGAAAGACCAACGCCACUGAUUGCCCCUCCCACCGAUGAGCUUGCGUGUUGUGUGGGGCUGAAUAGAUGCCCGAUAUUAUUCUUAUCCUUAUCCUUGUUUUUUAAUUUUGUGGUUCCAUUCUUGAAUUUGAUUUUUGUGAACGAAGUUAUCAUA